CUCAUCUCCCCUGUUUCUCUCGCUGAAGCUCCACUUGCAGCCCCCAGACCCGUGGUGAUCUCCCUGCUUGAAGGAGGAGAAGAGCCCUGGAUCCCAGAUGUGCGUAGCCCUGACGCCGUGCCAGGAGACCUCAGCCCAGGAAUUGGGAUUACAGAUAUAUUGGAGGAUCAGCAGGAAAGUGGUGUGGCUGAAAGGUUGUGGGGUAGUGCUUGUGUGGAAGAAAUCAGAAGGGAUGUCCAAGGAGGCCUGGAGCAAGGUCAGGGUGAGGACAUCGAGAAGCCACAGGGAAAGUGUCUGCAGAAGACAUCAAGGAGCUCACUGGACUUCAGCAUAGGUCAAGAGGAGCCCGAAGAACCCAGGAGCAAGGUUGUGUGCCCGAAGAAAAAGCAGAAUCCAUGCACCGAGUGUGGAAAUAGCUUUGAAAAAGAUUCCAGCAUCAUUAACCACCAGUGCAUACGCUCAAGAAAGAGUCCAUACAAGUGCUCUGAGUGUGGGAAGAGCUUCAAAAGGAGAUCCCAACUCACCUACCACCAACGCAUCCACACAGGAGAGAAACCAUUUCGGUGUCCUGAGUGUGGGAAGAGCUUCAAAAGAAGUUCUGAUUUGAAGUGCCACCAGCGCAUCCACACAGGGGAGAGACCCUACAAGUGCUCUGAGUGUGGGAAGAGCUUCAAAAGCAGCUCUGAAUUGAAGCUUCACCAGCGCAUCCAUACAGAUGAGAGACCCUACAAGUGCUCUGAGUGCGGGAAGAGUGUAGCCUUCUAUGAUGUUGUCACUGGCUGG